AUGUCGCUCAAGGACAGAAUCUCGUCCCCUCUCGAGGCCGGUACCUCAAUCCUCGACGCUCACCAUCUGCCGCCUCACCUGGCACCAGCUCUCGAGCAUGUAUCCUCCCGUCUCGCUCGCAAGUCGCAGCACAUCACUCUUGUUGUUGCCCGUCGCGAUUAUCAACUUCCGUCUGUUGUGCCGCCGAAGGGUCUUCUGACUCCAACAACCCCCUCGCCUCUGUCUCCUGGUCUUCGCUUCAACUUCCAUCAGGGUCCUGUUUCUAGGCUCAGGUCGCUGGUUAGGAUAGGCUCUUCGGCAUCCCUUCGAUCGAUGGACUCGCCGCGAAGUGCGAUAUCUUCGCCUGGCCAGGUUCCUCCACUCGAAGUAUCCAGCCCCCGGCUCAGGUGGCCUCUCUCACCCUCGACACCCCUGUCGCCACCUCCCAUGACACCAUGUACCGGCUCGUCGACCACCACAGACACGAUGAGCUCUAUGAUGUCCGCAUCGUCGGGAUUUGGUAUGCGACUUAUUCAUACCAACGAACUUCAUCCAAGGUCCGAGAAGAUCCUCAACUCAGUCUUGGUCAAGACAGAGAAGAAAUUCUCUACUGGCCCUGAGUGGCUCGCACCGGCUGCUAGACCAGCUUCCUGUGGACUCACAAACCAACUCAUCCAUAGCUCCAUCAUCCAGAACGAGGUUCUCUUUUGCUCUGAAGGCCUCACCAUAUUAUCACUGGACAGGUUAUACAGCCUCAAGAGCGCCCUAUCCAGUUAUUCCAAGACGAAAUCCCACCUCCGACUCGAAGACGCCGUUGAUGAACUGCGGCGUAUCAUUUUGGCUACCAAUGGCGCAAAGGUUUCGAAAACGGCCAUCCUUCGAUCAUACGAUUGGCUCAGUGUGUCCAGCUCGGCCCUCGUCGACCUGGACCGUAUGUAUCGACGAGCGUAUGGAGGACCAGAGCAAUAUGGUGGCAUCUCAGGUCUCACAAGCUUUGCGGAACCAGCCAUCCAACCCAUCAGCGAUUCUCAAGAGCGCUAUAAAGAAGACGAGGUCGAGGAGUCGACAAUAGCCGUCGCAGUAAUGAAAGGGAAAACGCCAUCGCCGAAACCUUUACUCAAACUGCAGACGAAUUUCACUCCAGGGCCUAUUCUCAAACCCAAACCGAAGAAACCAGAGGCUUCCGCUCAAGUGCCCAUUCAGGUCCGAGUGGAAGAGGAGGAGGAAGAAGACGGUGAUCGAACAGCGCGACCAACCGAUCAGCUAUACUUCUCUAUACAAAAAUGGGAGCCGCCGUCAACGAUAGAUCAAGUCUUGACUGCUGGACCAAUCAAUCGAAGUGCUUUCAGUCCUCUCACACCAACACCCAUCAUGAGUCCAGGAUCAACAAGAUUUGGGCCUUUGACGCCUCACGACUAUGAGGAUAUAUCUCCCACCACGAGAGGAGAAUGGGGGUUCAUGCUGGCAGACAAUGCCUUCCAGAGUGGUCGAAAAGUUGGAGUGGAAACGUUUUGA